UCUGCGCAGGCGCGGCAGGUCGAGCGGGCGCGGCGCGAUGCCGGGCAGGCACGUUUUGCGUGUCCGAGCCUUGUAUAAGCGAAUCUUGCAGCUCCACCGGGCUCUGCCCCCGGACCUCAAAGCCUUGGGCGAUCAGUACGUGAAGGACGAGUUUAGGAGACAUAAGACUGUUGGUUCUGGCGAGGCCCAGCGCUUCUUGCAGGAAUGGGAGGCCUAUGCAGCGGUGUUACAGCAACAAGCUAAGGACAGCAGACAUAGUUCAACAGGAAUAGCUUGUUUCGGCACCUCUCUCCCAGAAGAAAAACUCAAUGACUUUCGUGAUGAGCAGAUUGGACAGUUGCAAGAGCUGAUGCAGGAGGCUACUAAACCCAAUCGGCAGUUUAGUAUCACUGAGUCAACGAAACCUAAAUUGUGAUACAUAAAUCUUAAUGAAGCAUGUUAAAUUUAUAACCUUAUACCUCGCCUCUCAUUGGCUCUUUAAGACAUAUCACUGCCGCUUUAGUGGAAUAGUAUCUUAUUUUUGGACAGUCUGAAUGAUUCAUUGAUCAAGAUCACAAGGGGUACACUCUGCUGUCACUGGAAUAAUGUAUUUGCUGUGUGGAAUGUAAUUUUGUGGAAUUUAAAUUUUGAACUAAAAGGUGUAAAGAAGAACACACUUUGGAAUUGUACUGAAAAUUUCUCUUUUGUAUAGGAAUGUUUUAAAUUCUGUUCCCAUCAAGCAUUAGCUCAUGGUUUGUUUUUAGUUUCAUCAGUUCAAUAAAUAAAUCAUGAUACCGGUA